UCUCAGUUCUUUGAAGGAGACUUUGUGUCUCUGAGCUGUGAGGAGGACGACAGCUCUGCUGGAUGGACUCUGAGGAGAAACACAAGCAAACAACAGAGGACUCAGUGUGGAGAUGGGUGGGGAGAAGGAGCUGGUUCCUCCUGUAACAUCAGCUACAUCUUCACCUUAGACAGUGGAGUUUACUGGUGUGAGUCCAGAGAGGGUCCCAUCAGUAACAUGGUUAACCUGACAGUCACUGGUGGAUCAGUGAUCCUGCAGAGUCCUGUCCUCCCUGUGAUGGAGGGAGAUGACGUCACUCUGCUCUGUAAAACAAAGACCACUCCCUCCAACCUCCCAGCUGCUUUCUAUAAAGAUGGCUCCCUCAUCAGGAAGCAGCCUACAGGUCACAUGACCAUCCAGCAUGUUUCCAGGUCUGAUGAAGGCCUCUACAAGUGUGACAUCAGCGGUCAUGGAGAGUCUCCAUCCAGCUGGAUCACUGUCACAGAAGUCUCUGCAGGUAGACCUACAACCACAACCUCACCCAUCACCUCUUCAAACAUGCCCCCAACCAUAUCUUUGCCCUCUUACUCCACCACCCUGAGACUGGUCUGUCACCUGGUGGUGAUCUGUCCAUACUUCAUCUCCACUCUCCUCAUGGUGUCUUUAUAUCGACACAGAGCCAAAGGAAAUGACCCCACCAUCUUCUUGGCAACAGAAACUAACACUGAUGAGAGACUCUGUGAGGACUAUGAUGAUAUUGCCGAGGUGACCACUGAGCAUCAGCUCUGAGCUUAUUCUCUAUCAGAUGGUGGUUAUCAUAAAUGUUAUCAUAAACGAGUCUUUGUUUGUGUGAACUUUGUAAAUAAAGUUUUGCUUGUUCUGUCAGCUCACAGGUUUUUUUUAACAUGUCAAAAUGACAAAAAGAGCUUGUUGCCAUCC